AUUUCCCCACAAAGAAGAAGUAAAUCAACUACUACUGUACCGAACUUAACAUUACAUCGUGCUCAUACUGUACCUUAUUAUCAACUUCAACAUAAUAAUUUAUUCAGAACAAAGUCAAUGAAUGCUCCAACUGCUAAUGCUGCACCAAUAGGUUUCAUGGAAUCACAUUCAAUGGAACAAUGUUAA